UCAGCUGACUUUUGGGGAAAUAUGGCUAAAGAAUACCGGGCGGGAGAGAAGCUUCUGAAAGCCCUGGAGGAAGAGGUGACCAGCUUUCAAUCAGACUCCAGAAUGGCAGUAGAAGAAGCUGUAAAGCAAGGUCCUGGGGCCGUGGUGCCAUUCGCAAUUCUGCGGGAGCUGCACGGGAUAUUGCGCCAGAAAGGGUCUACUGUUUACCUACACGAGCUGCUGGAAGGGAGUGAAAUCCAUCUGCCUGCAAUAGAAAUACCAGAACGGAACCCAGAGCUUGUGGCUCGGCUUGAGAAGAUCAAAGCAAAGCUAGCAAACGAGGAAUACAAGAAAAUGACGAGGAACAUCACUGGACAGGCCAAUCGCCAGGGAGCUCUGUCUGAACUGAGCCAGCAAGUUCAACCAGUGAAGAAAAUGGUCAUUACAGUCUUCAACUUCUUUGUCACGGUUGCAGCUGCGUUCGCCUGUACCUACAUUGGGACCCAGUACAUUUUUACGGAAUCCACAUCGCGGGUGCUGUCUUCUGUCAUUGUGGCUUCCUUGGUGGGUUUGGCAGAGUUGUAUGUGCUGGUUCGGACAAUGGAAGGAGAACUUGGAAAGUUGUAGCUGUUCUGUAUAAGAGAGAAACUGUUCUGUUUAUUUAUGAGUUGCUGAUUGCUUUACCCUGAACGUGAGGCCAUGAAAGGCACAAGAUUUGAUACUCAAGUAUGUGUUUCUGAUCUGGAACAAACCUAAUUUCUUUGGAAAUCAUCUGAACACUUUAUAUAGGCUUAAUGUUCCUGAAGAUAUAAUAUGCUGCACUUAUUGUAAAAUUUUCUAAAAAAA